AUGAUGGCUUCUCUCCAUGUGUUUGUUUGUCUGCUGGGGCUGUUUGUCCUAUGUCACUCUGCAUGCUUCUUCCAGGAACUGGUGAUCAAAGAUCCGGAAUCCCCUCCAAAAGGGUGUGUGGAUCAGGAUGGAAAGCAGCAUGAUUUUGGCUCUGACUGGGUGAGCGACUGCAUGGACUGCUCUUGUACGAUGGAGGGCAUAAGCUGCUGUAGCAACAUUCCCAGUGAAAGCACAGUAGACAUUCCUGAGGAGUGUGAGUUGGUUGUAAACAAGGAGGCCUGCUCUGCCAAGGUGGUGCUGAAGUCUGACAAGACAAAAGGGUGUAGCCCCAUCUGAACACACUACAAAGUGACGUCUAAACUCGGACAAUUGAAGUUCAAACUGGGGAUUUAUGUUUCACAUUUUAUCAACUAGUUGAUAGUGUGUACAUGUAGUA